AUGAGCACUCGCCGCGUCUCGGCCCGUCUCAGCGCCGCGUCAAAACCGAUCGCCGAUGCGUCGGAAAACGACGACGGACCGCCGGUGCUCCAAAUGGAAUCUCCACACUCUGAGGCGGAUUCGGAGGCAUCGUCAGCGAAGGAAAAGACACCGCCGGUGAAUUUGGCCGAAGCGCUGAUGAGCCAAAUUUCGGGCGGUCGGAGUGAAGGAGGCGGUGAUAAGGCGGCUUCUGGAGAUGCGUCGGAUCCGUUUCCCAAGAAUUUUGUGGCUGAAUCCCACCUGGGUCGCCUUCCACGUCUCGCCGUUGUCCCUCGCCCCCCGGCUCCACAGAACUACUCGGCUCAUCGUGGAAUCCUCCGAAACGGACCUGCUCCAACUCAUCGAGUCAUCGUGGCACCUCCAGACGCUGGCAUCGUCGGAACCAACACAUCUCUCGGCCCCGCACGUCUUCUAGUCGACAGUCGAAAACGGGAUUCUCUCAUUGGAAAUCGAGCCGCUGUGCCGCCAACCAUCAAGAGGCAGACUCCACUGGUCACUUAUAACGGCGGACGUCCAGGGCAGGAAAUUCCGAGAUAUAUCGAUCUCGACGACUCGCCAGCUUUAUCGCCAAGACGUUCUCCUCCAACGUCGCUGGACAUUCAGAAGAUGCUCCGAGAGCAGCCAGCGGUGAAGAUGGAGGUGAAGAUGGGAGGAGGCGGUUAUGUGAAGUACGAGAAGCCAGAAGACGUGGAAGAGGACUUUGAGGAUUCGGAUGAUGGAGAAUCGGAGGAUGUGCCAAAAUCCGAUUUGGCUCAGAAGAUCAAGAAGACCAAGGAGAGAGUCAGCGAGGAGGCCAGCAAUCAUAGUAUGCUCAUAGGCUCCAUGGUGAUCAAUGGACUGGAAACGCUCAAGAAAACCAACAAGGACGAAUUCAAGAAAUUCUCCACCGAGCUUUUUGGGCUUCUGACUAAAUAUGAUAUUCAAUAA